CUCAUUUACCUCGCCACAAAAUGACGUCAUAAUAAUGCGUGUGUCAGUCAUCAUUAUAUUGUCUGAAUAAAGGGGAAAUAUUAUUGCUAUUACACUGCUCACCUGAGUGGGCCAUUCUUUGGAAACACAUUCACAAUAACAAUUAUUAGAAAUCCAUUUUGAAAUUGGGUAAAGGACAACACCUUAAGCAGAACGGAAAGGAACAAAGUGAUUUAGGGGGAAAUCCUGCUUCUCGUUUCUUAAAUCUCGAUUUUUAUCAAUUUUUCACAUUAGUGACGUUGCUGCGCCUAUACUGCUCCUUUAUAUCGAAAUUGGAAUUUGUAUUUGCUCGCUGUGUAUAUAUGCAUAAAAACCAUGGAUACGCAUUUUCCGAAAUUUCUUCGUGAGAUUCAUCAUUGUGUCUUACAACUAGCAGUUUUUCUUCUCCUUACAAGGAUUCCAUCCAUAGAGGGACAAUGUGGAGAAGAUACUGACGGGCCUAUGUUAACGUGCAUAGAUAGUAUCACGUUACCCGCUUCCGUGCCAAACACUUUCUUUGGUGUAAGCAUGGCUGCGGGUCACUACAUGGCCGUGGAUGCAAACCCACCAAUUACUGAACCCGAAUAUGAUCCGCCUGUCGGAUCACCUUCAGGAUCUGGAACCAUCUUUCCAAGUGGCGCUACUCCACUUACCGUGACCGUUGAAGAUGCUUGUGGAAACCCUUCCUCAUGUGUUAUUGACAUCAUCAAUCCACUCACUGAGUUACCUGUCAGUAACUGCCCAGAUUUCAGUGAAACAAGUAACACCGAUCCCGACUCAUCUACGUUUUCGUUUACACCCCCUACGUACGGUCCGACUGACGUCAGAACUGAUGGUGUAACCUAUUUUUAUCAUGGGCCCGGCAACCCUGCUCUCCCUACUGUUCAGUUUUCGACCAUCCCGGCGUUGCCAGGACCACCAUUCUCACUUCCGGUCGGAGCAAACACCAUCGUCACGACCAUCAGUGACACAGAUCUGUCCUUCUCUUGUCAGUCUACCGUAACUGUUCUAGACAAUCAGGAACCUGCAGUCACAUGCCCGGCUAACUUCACCUCAACGACAGCAACUGUAACAUUCACGGCGACUGUGACAGACAAUGUUGACCCUUUACCAACAUUAACCUAUGACCCACUAGGACCAGGAGACACCUUUCCUCCGGGUCAAACGACAGUUACUGUGACAGCCACAGACAGUUCAUCAAACCAAGACACAUGUUCAUUUACUGUUACCGUCGAAGACAAUCAGGAACCUGUUGUCACAUGCCCGGCUGACUUCACCACCGAUUCAACAACUGUAACAUUCACGGCGACUGUGACAGACAAUUUCGACCCUUCACCAACAUUAACCUAUGCCCCACUAGGACCAGGAGACACCUUUCCUCUGGGUCAAACGACAGUUACUGUGACAGCCACGGACAGUUCAUCAAACCAAGGCACAUGUUCAUUUACUGUUACAGUUGUGGAACCAACCACUACAACUACGACUACGGCCGCCACUACGACUACUACUCAAGAAAGCAAUGUUGGUUCCAGUGGUUCCGGUGGUUCCGGUAGUUCCAGUAGUUCCGGUGGUUCCAGUGAGAGCAGUAAUUCUUCAAACGAGUCUGAUUAG